AUGGCUCUGCUGCUCGCCUGGGCCUGUGUGGCUGUGAGCGUGGGGACGGCGCUGGGGGACCAGGGCGACGGGGCGGACCUCUACUCGGAAAACAUCACUCGCAUCCUCGACAAGUUGUUGGACGGCUACGACAACAGGCUCCGACCGGGAUUUGGAGGCGCCGUGACAGAAGUCAAGACGGACAUCUACGUGACCAGCUUCGGGCCGGUGUCCGACGUGGAGAUGGAAUACACAAUGGAUGUCUUCUUUCGUCAGACAUGGACUGAUGAGAGGCUGAAGUUUAGUGGGCCAACUGAAAUUUUGAGACUGAACAAUUUAAUGGUCAGUAAAAUUUGGACACCAGACACGUUUUUUAGAAAUGGAAAAAAAUCAAUUGCUCACAAUAUGACAACUCCUAACAAACUUUUCAGAAUUAUGCAGAAUGGAACUAUUCUUUACACUAUGAGACUAACCAUUAAUGCUGACUGUCCUAUGAGGUUGGUGAAUUUCCCAAUGGAUGGACAUGCUUGUCCACUGAAAUUUGGAAGCUAUGCUUAUCCAAAAAGUGAAAUAAUUUAUACUUGGAAAAAAGGACCAUUGCAUUCAGUAGAAGUACCUCAGGAGUCUUCCAGUCUUCUCCAGUAUGACCUCAUAGGACAAACUGUAUCUAGUGAAACAAUUAAGUCUAACACAGGUGAAUAUGUAAUCAUGACAGUGUAUUUCCACUUGCAAAGGAAGAUGGGCUACUUCAUGAUACAGAUAUACACUCCUUGCAUUAUGACAGUCAUUCUUUCUCAGGUGUCUUUCUGGAUUAACAAGGAGUCUGUUCCAGCCAGGACAGUUUUUGGGGAAUAUUCACUCCAGCUGCUCUAUUUCCAUCUGCAAAGGAAAAUAGGCUACUAUCUCAUUCAGACAUACAUUCCAUGCAUCAUGACUGUCGUCUUGUCUCAAGUUGUGUUUUGGAUUAACAAAGAAUCUGUUCCAGCAAGAACCGUGGCUGGAAUCACCACAGUCCUCACCAUGACCACCCUGAGCAUCAGCGCUCGCCACUCCCUGCCCAAGGUGUCCUACGCCACCGCCAUGGACUGGUUCAUCGCCGUGUGCUUUGCCUUUGUCUUCUCUGCACUCAUUGAGUUUGCAGCUGUCAACUACUUCACCAAUCUCCAGGCUCAGAGAGCAAUGAGGAAGGCAGCCAGGGCAGCAGCACUGGCAGCAGCACUAUCAGCAGCAACUGUACCGGCAGAGGACGAGAUUGUCUCGCAUUCCGACUCCAACUCCAACCUGAAGAAGAGGGUGAACUCCAUAGCAUCUCAGGCAGAGCAGUCUCCUGAGCCCAGCAUAAUAUCAAACACUGCAUCCCAGUGUCAACCUCUGCCUGUUCCUCCACCAGCCCCACCACAGCCACCAGCCAUUGGAGGUGCAAGUAAAAUAGACCAGUAUUCCAGGAUCCUCUUUCCAGUGGCAUUUGCAGGAUUCAACCUGGUGUACUGGGUUGUUUAUCUUUCAAAAGACACUAUGGAGUUUUUUGAACCUUCAGCAAUGCAUUUUCGAAAUGACCCUCAGUCCAACUGA